AUGGAUAGAGAUGGUAAUUGUGGCUACAGAGUACUAGCAGUAUGUUUAGGAAAAACUAAUGAUGAUUAUGAAACAAUUAUAAGAGAAAUCUCAUGGAUAGAUAGCCCCUGCAUAUUCGAGCACUGGAUGCGAAUGCCACAGAUGGGAAAUGUUAUAGCUAAUACUUACCAAAGGCUAUUAUACUUUUUUUCACUACAGAUUAAUCUUACUUUUCUUCCACAUUACCAACCAUUAAAUUGGAAUAAAGCUCUUGCAAUAGCUAUUGUUAAUAAUAAUCACUAUGUAACUAUUACAUUAAAACCUGGUGCUCCCAUACCUCCAAUUAUAAAUCGAUGGUCACAAUUUGCUACCCAACUGCAGAAAGAUGAAAACUACUAA